UCAACACAUAUCCUGGUGACAGCAGCAGCUGUUCAACCGGAGAAAGACUCCAGAGCUCAGAGAAAGGCUGCAACAAGAUGGCGUGUUCCUGAAAAGUUUGUUUUUCAAUUUAAAACUAAAACAAAAGCCGAGGACGUCAAAAGAAGCAACACAUCUGUACUGUACCCGAGAGGGGUGAUGUCUCCGCUGCAGGUCUCCGUCUACUGGCGUCUCUCUCUGGUCUUCGUCUUCACAUCUUUCCUGUUCUUCCUCGACAUUUUCACCGCCGUUAUCGCCGCUUCCACGUGUCGCCAUGGCAACGGCACCGGCUCGGACACUUCGGAUGGAACGUUGCCAACGAACGCGGGGAGCAACCAAUCACAACACGGGGAAGUUUCAGAAGGCGAAGCCGAUUGGAGGACUGGGAGCGGGGACCAAGACGUCAGUGUCAGUGUGUGGUUGGACAGACUGGUUGUCGUAUGGUCAGACUCUCUUCAUGGCCGGCCUGCUGUUGGGCUCUCUGAUUGGAGGAGCCAUCUCUGACAGGUACGGGAAGCGUCCGGUGCUGCUGGUGUGUUUGUGUGUCCACGCUUUGUGUGGCCUUGUGCCCGCCAUCCUUCCUCAGCCAACCCUCUUCCUCGCUGUUCGCUGCCUCACAGGCGUCUGCUGCUGCUGCAUCAACAUCUGCUCCUUCAGCCUGGCAGUAGAGUGGACUCCUCCCGCUGCUCGGCUCUGGCCGUCAGCCUUCCUGCCGUUCUGCUUCAGCCUGGGGACGAUGGGUGGAGCUCCUCUGGCCUGGCUCAGCCCCACCUGGACACACCUGCACCUGUCGCUGGCUCUGCCACAGCUCAUCUGUCUGCCGCUCUACCUUUCGAUCCCGGAGUCUCCCCGCUGGUUGUUGCUAAAGAGGAGGACGGAUGUUUUGGACCGUUACCGUAGAAACAGCCCUGCAGAUGAACAGUGUCUUGACCUGCUGUUGGACUCGGCCUGGUCUGACCUGCAGAAAUCCACCGAGGCUCAGAGGGAAGAAGCACCUGGAGGCCACGCCCCCAGUGACAUCAUUCACCUGAGACACCCAACUAUCCUGCUGCGACUGUUCAUCAUGAGCUACCUGAGUGCAGUGUCAGCGCUAACGUACUAUGGCAUCUGUAUGAACAUUGGCUCGUUUGGCGUCGGGGUCUACUCCGCCCAGUUCUUCUCCGGCCUAUCAGAAGCUCCCUGCCUGCUCGUCCCAUUGGCUCGCCUGGGCCGACGACCAAUCAGCAUGCUCGCUCUGUUCCUGAGCGGGGCUGCCUGUUUCCUGUCUUUGCUGCUGUCCAGAUACAACGGUGAGCCAGUGCUGGUGAUGAGUCUGGCUCUGCUGGGAAAACUCUGCAUCCUGGCGGCCAUCUUUAUCUCUACGCUGUACAGCAUCGAGCUGUUCCCCACUGUGGUCAGACAGCGGUGUGUAUCCCUGGUCAACCUGUGUUUCCGCCUCGGCUGUCUGGUCAACACCUUGGUUCUGCCCAACCCAAACGGGGCAAUCUCAUUGGCUGCCAUGGCCGUGUACAGCAGUGGGCCAAUCGUAGGCUGUGGCCUGUGUCUGUUGCUGCCAGAGACCAGCGGUGUGACGCUUCCCGAUUCGGUGGAGGACUGUGACAGGCAGCCCCGGCCCCGCCCACCCAGCUUGGACGCCUUCUGGAGGACACGGAAGCUGGGGAGCAGCCAAGCCAGGAAAACAGAGAUCCUCCCUGAAGAGAAAGACGACACACACACACUGAACACACACACAGUCUGAGUCUGAGUUUAACUGUACUGUUUCAUUUUCAUUUGUUUUUCAUUCUGGUUUAAAGACCAAAAAACUGAGUGAGCUUCAGAGGAUCAGUGUCAGAGAGAAAAAGAUGAGAACGAAGCCCCAAAACGUGUGAUUCGUUCUCGUCUUCAGGUGACGCUGGGGGAGUUUUACGAAUUCAAAAAACUUGUGUGUUUUGUUCUCAUGUUGUGUUUUUGUUAUCACUUUGUUCUGUUUUCAUCACUGUGAAAAUAAACUGAGCUGAA